AGUGUUUUAGUGUUGUAAAUUUAAAUGACAAGGGAUUUAGCUACGGCAAGCGGGUUUCAAUAGUUGCUUAGUGAGGCAAUAGUUUUUUUUGUGAUGGGUGCUUGAAGAUUAUAUUAAGAUAUGAUAUGCAUUAAGUAGAAACUAGGUUUGAAUAAGCGCCUUCACCAGCAUUACAUAAAUCAUGUCUUCACUUGCGGCGCUUAAAAGGUUAAGACUGAUACACUUAUGCAUUGCCAUAACUUUCUUUAUAUCUGGUCUGGUGAUAAAUCUAGUGCAGUUAAUAUUGCAUGUGGGCUUGAAACCUUUCAAUGUCGUGCUAUUCAGACGCAUCAUGUAUUACCUCUGCUAUUCGCUGAACUCCCAGCUACUCUUUGUUGCUGAAUGGUAUUCGAAUAGUAAAUUAGAUAUUUACAUGGAUCCAUAUGACUUUAAGAAGUAUAGUGGGAAGGAGCAUACCAUGCUUAUAAUGAAUCAUACAUAUGAAAUUGACUGGCUGGCCGGUUGGAUGUUUACAGAAAAGAAUGGUGUUUUGGGCAACUGCAAGGCUUAUGCCAAGAAAGCCAUUGCAUAUGUGCCUGCAAUUGGUUGGGCUUGGUAUUUCGCGGAAUUUGUCUUUUUGGAGCGUUCGUUCGACAAGGAUAAAGAGAUAAUUGCACGCCAGCUGAAAGAAGUGUUUGCCUAUCCAGAUCCUGUGUGGUUGCUGUUGAAUGCUGAGGGCACUAGAUUUACGCAGAAGAAGCACGAAGCUUCUGUUAAGUUCGCGCAAGAGCGUGGCAUGCCUUUGUUGAAACACCACUUAAUACCGCGCACAAAGGGUUUCACUGCAAGCUUGCCUACCUUACGUGGUCGUUGUCCAGCUAUUUAUGACAUUAAUUUGGCCUUCAAAAAGGAUGCAAAGAAUCCACCGACUAUUUCCUCUCUACUAAACGGACUGCCGGUAGAAGCUUACAUAUUCAUACGUCGCAUUCCACUUGAGGAUGUACCUGAAAAUGAGGUGGAGGCUGCUGAGUGGCUUCAAAACUUGUUCCGCGAGAAAGAUCGCAUUAUCGAUAGCUUCCACACAACAGGCAGCUUCUUUGAAACGUCUGGCUUUAAGGAAGUUCCUGUUAUGCGCUUUAAAUAUCGCCCAUAUAAUAUGUUGAAUUUCAUUCUUUGGGCAGUAUUCUCGAUAUCGUUAAUACUCUACUAUUUAGUAUCUUCAUUUUUGUCACAAAACUGGAUUGGGCUUUCGAUUGCUGUCGGCAUACUUUUGGCAAUCUACAUACUUAUGGUGAAAUCGAUUAAUAUGUCAAAAAUCAGCAAAGCGUCAUCAUAUGGUUCCGAAGCACAAACACAUCCAAAGUCCAAUUAACUCAAAUGUCGAACAAGCACUCGCGUGCACACUCAUGCGAGCAAACAUUAUUACAAAUUUUAUCAAAAUGCACAAACGUACACAAAAUGAAACGUACAACCGAUAAGAUUCUAAGAUUGUAACCUUUAUAUAGGCGUAUGUAUUUUUACAAUAUCAUGUUCAUUGAAAGAACUGAAUUGUUACUAUUUAAGUGAAUAAAACCGAGCAAAGUUCAGAUGUAUUUGAAAAAUGCUAGCAAAUAUAUGUGCAUAUAUUAUAUAAGAAUAUACAUACAAGAUGUCUGUGAACUAUAGCAACGUAAGUGGAGGACCCUUUAGAAUUUACUUAAAUACCUUACAUUAAUAUUUAUGUGACCUUUUAAAUAGUAACUACAUUAGAAUAUUUCUGACAAUGAUGAAAUAGGAAAAAGUCAGUUGACUAUAUAAGUUGAAUUAAGAUUUACUAUAACACCGAAAGGAAUGUCUUAGAAUUUCUUAAACGUUUACCGCUUCGUAUAUUGAAGCAGAAAAUUCCUAGAAGCACAAUACAACCACCUACUACAAUUUAAGUGUUUUACGACUGUAAACCACCUAUUGAAUAUGGUAAUAAGAAAACUUCCAAUAAAAAUAGUUAACUAUUGAGUUAAGUUGUUUGGAAGAGGUAAUGGAAGUUAGUGUAAAGAGGCUAGCUGAAAAGUAGAUCAAUUUGAAUUUGAUAAAUAAAUAGAAAUAUAUUUCAUACAGAUAAUUUAUAGUUAUGGAUGUUUGGUAUACUUUUUUAACAUACUAGUUAAUUAACUACAGAGCAACAUAUUUUUUUUUUUUUUGUUUCUAUGGGUUUUCAAUCAUUUCUACGCAAAAUAAAAUUCAAAUCUCGGUGGAAAUGUUUUCCUCUCGUUCCUAAUUAAUAUUAUAAUAUUUCGAAAAAGGGCUUGAAGAAAGAAAGGGAUAACUGUUGUUAAUCUGUGUGCAACUGUGUUAACGAAAAUUAGAUAUUUAGUAGCAGCCAAAAAUAGAGCUUGUUCAAGCACGUAAUUAAAGUAGCAGUAUCGUGGUCGCUGAAGCCGUACCAUUCGGGAGUGCGUAGGUUCGAUUCUCCGUGCAUGAAACAGCAAAAUGAUAGAAAAAUUUUUUUUCUAAUAGCGGUCGCCCCUCGGCAGGUAAUAGCAAACCUCUGAGUGUAUUUAAGCCAUGAAAAAAUUCGUCAUAAAAAUCAAAACCGUUUGCCGUUCGGAGUCGGCUUAAAACUGUCAGUCCCUCUAAUUGUAGAACAACAUCAAGAUGCAAGCCACCAAUAAGAGGAGGAGUGAGGCCGGACAUAUAUAUAUAUAUUGCAGCACCUGUAAACUUCUGCAACCCUGUUGCAAAUGCUAGGCCAAUACUUUUCUGAUGUUCAGCACUUAUUUUCGACAAAUAGGGUAAACACACGAGGGUAAACACGUAAAUAAAAUGUAUGGAGUUUCCUAUAAAUACUUUCCUUGAUAAAUUUGGUUCAUAUUUACGAUAAUUUACAAUUAAUUUCAAUAAAAUGACAAAGAAAAAAAACGAAGCAAUCAUGCAAACAAAAUUUUUAUGUUACAGAUUUAAGAGCCUUUGUGCGCAACAAUGACCUAAUUUGGGACAGUUAGCAUGUUAUACUUUCACCGAAGUUGGCAGAAUUUCACAUCAAACAGGAUACUUAAAAAAUCGUGUAACACCGUGGUUGUGUUUGCAACUCGAAAGAGCUCAUAUUAGGUUUGUUCAUGUAAAAAUUAUCCAGUAACUUAAUUUCCGAGAAUUCUCUCUCAAAGAGAAAAAUAUCAAAAAAAAAGUACAUACACGAAAACCCAGUAACAAUUUGCAAGUUUUACGAAUAGCUGAUUAAAUUGUUGGCAACAAAAAUCACAAAAAUUAAACAUUUUUUCACAUGAGCUACCUCGUAUUAAAUAAAAAAAAGCAAAUAAAAUGCAAAACAACGAGCUUCGGAAUGACAUGCUUUCAUUUUGUCAGAUGAAGAACAGUCCAUUAGUAAUUACAAUUCGCAAAUUUUAAUUCGUGUUUAUUUUUACUUUGCUAUCAACUGUUUUCCUCGUUUCCCGUUUUCCUGUUUCCUGUUUCUUACAAGUCAAAAAUUUAUCCAGUAAAAACUUGCAACUUCCCCUCAAAAUGAAAUAACAUUUUGCUCUCUCACUUUCCCCUACUUUGCAAGUUGUUUGGGUACAUGAACACUAAAACGUGAUAAUUUGUAACAAUUGUUACCAACUAUUUGCUUCAUGAACAGACCUUCUAUUUUUCAUUGACCUCAUGUCCCUUGUUUUCCAAAACUGUAUUGUUCAAAAUAAAAUAAAUAGUUCAAAUCGAAAUGUUUCUGGCUAACAAAAAGGAGAAUUUGCUUCAAAUCUACACUCAUUCUAAAAACGGAUUUGUAUAUGUUUGUAUAUUGCAUCUUCCAGAAAGUGUUUUUAGAAACGUGUCGACAGAUAAUUUUAAAUUUAAUUUGUGCGUAAAAAUGUUGACAAACCACUUUAUUGGCAUGCCGAAUGAAUUUUUAUAGUGAUAUAUUAGAAUUUAAAAUAUGCAAACACAAAUUCUGAAUUAAUACUGUAUUUAUUUCUUAAACAUUUUCAAAUACAAAUAUAAAUAAAAGUUUAUUAUAUUUAUAUACUGGA